CGACGACGGCCACGACGACGAGCAGCCUCAUCGACACCGACGAUUGCCCUGCGCAGCUGGGAUGUCGGCUCUUGCUCGCGAUGCUGCAGCCUUCAAAUCCUCCUUACAGCGCCAAGACUUCACGUCGUGGCACUCAAACCCCUCUCUGAAGAACAAUGCACCUCCGCCGUCUUCAGGCACCACAGCGUCCUCGACGACAUCAACAUCGUCGGAAACAGCAAAGAAGAAGCGUCCAAAGCCGAACAUUGUAUAUUCGCAACCCGCCGACACUGGGACCGGCACGGACAUCAAUACUCAAAUUGUCUACGCUGUCGACCAUUUAAAAAACAAUGGAAACCCAAUGCGACUGCAAGACCUCGCCAUCGUCACUGGCACCCUCUUGGAUACGAAUCCGGCGCUCCGAGAACGCUUUAAAGCGCACGACCGCGUCGUUUAUGACCCCAAAACUGACCUUUACUCUUAUCGACAUGACUUUACGUUCCGCAACAAGGCAGCGCUCAUCACAGAGGUACAACGCCAUACUCGACGUGGCGGCGGUCUAUCUGUCCGAGCACUGAAGGAAUCAUGGAAGGAUGCACCUCAGGCAAUUGAAGAGCUGGAAAAGGAAGGAGAGGUUCUUGUGACAAGAACGACAAAGGACCAGCAAAUGCGAAUGGUAUUCUGGAAUGAGUUGAAACCUGUCGAGGGCACAGGAGGGUUGCCCGUUGAACAAGAAUUCAAAGAUCUAUGGCAUAAACUCAAAGUCCCUCCAGAUGCAGAUCUCCUGAAAGCUCUUUCAUCAGAGGGUCUGAAAGCCACAGAAGGAGAGACUGUAAUCCCCAAAGCACCGCAGGGCAAGAAAAAGGGCAAGAAGGCUGCGCCACGACAUCGGCUCCAGCGUAUUACGAACGUACAUCUCAAGGGCGAUAUAGAUUUGUCAAAGGACUAUACCCCAACAAAAUAAACACAAAUUUGGGUGUUCUUUCUUCAAAAUGGAUAUUUUUUAAAUACAUGCGGUCUUUAUUUCCACUUUCUUUUUCCGUGUAUUUCUUACGGGCAUGUUGUUCACGUUUCUCUCCUUAACGUUUCUCCUUACUCUCAUCAUGCAACCAUCGUAUAGAUCAAUACUGACAGUCACAGAUAGCAAUAAUGUAUUGUCUUUCUAUCCCUUUUACAAUGUCAUUUUUUUCUUGUCAUAGUGGACUUCUACUUAUUGUACCUCAUCGUUAUCGUGUUAUGGAACCUAUCG